AUGUAACGUCUGUAUCGGAUCCGAUUUUCCCACCAUCUCUCUUCUCCCCCUUCCUUUAUCUAGGGUUCUUUGCUUCAGCUUACAUUGUCCGUAUUAUCUGCACAAUUUAUUCUUCUCUCUCUCUCUCUACUGGUGCCGAUUCUCCAGCUUUCCUCAGUGUUCAUGGCGGACAAGUUCCCGAUCACCACUUUAGCCCCAUCAUCUCUAGCUGCAACUGCUGAUGAAUCCUUCGACGAAGACGCAUGCAGUAUCUGUCUUGAGUCUUUCGUAUCCCAUGAUCCUGCAACUGUCACCGCAUGCAAACAUGAAUACCAUCUCCAGUGUAUUCUUGAUUGGUCACAAAGAAGCAAAGAAUGUCCUAUAUGCUGUCAAGACCUUGUGUUAAAGGACCCUGGCUGCCAAGAGCUUUUAAUUGCAGUAGAAAAUGAGAGGCAUUUGAGGAAAAAGAACAGUACCAGACUAGUCCUGGAGGAUUAUGAAAUUGACCAUGGAACCUCUUUUGCAGAUGACACUGAUUUUGAUGAACAGGUUAUCCAGCAUUUCAUGGCUGCUGCAAGAAGAACUCGGUAUUCUAACAGAAGGGGGAGGCAGAGAUCUUCUGGUGUUGGUCCUUCACAGGUUUCUUCUGAUCAUUUUGCCAGUCUUUUUGAUCAACGGCAUAUACAUGCAAGUGGGCAGGACUAUCAGGACUCCGGUAUACAUAUAUUGGGGCCUCGAGGGGUGAAUCCUGUAAUUUGUGAUGAACCAACUGCUAGAAAUUAUCAAGGUCUCGUUAGUGCAGUACCUCACCCUAUGAACAGAGAAGAUAGCAACAUAAGUCCCAGAGGUAUCGGAGGCUUGCCGCAACCUAAUGUUUCUGAUAACUUCAACUCAUCUGAGGUGCAUGCUAUUUCGGAGUCUAUCAAAUCAAGAUUUUCCGCUGCUUCAGCCAAAUACAAAGAGUCGAUUUCAAAAGGUACACGUGGCUUAAAGGAGAAGAUUCUUGCUCAUAAUAUAUCAGUUAAGGAACUGGGUAGAGGUGUUCAGCGUGAGGUGAAUGCUGGUAUUUCUGGUGUUGCAAGGAUGAUUGAGCGGCUUGAUCUUAAAAGAACUGGAAAUGGAAAUGAUUUCUCUUCUUCAUCUACAACUUUCAAAGAUAGAAGAAGUUCAAAUAUUUCCCAUGAUGCGGCUAGAAGGACACCUGAGAGGCCAUCAAUGGUUCAUUGUUUCAGUGGAAACACGAAGAAAUCCCAAAAUGAUUCAACGUCAGUUUAAAUAAUUCCUUUUCUCCUCGAUUCAGCCUUCUUGCAGCAUCAGCAACAUCUAAGGGCGGAAGAGAGAAAGAUGAACCUGCAUCUUUUAAGAUAUCGAAGGCGACGGGGAUGAUAUGAUGAUUGAGCAGCGGUCUGUCUUUUUUCUGUUUUCAUUAAAAAUUGGCUUGUUUUAUCGGUUACUGCUUUCUAUAGAUUUUACUCAAAUAUUUUAGCAUAAAACGUCAUGAAGAAAUUACUUAUGAUAAUAAUAUGAAUAUUUCCUGCUUUAGAAUGUUUGGUGAAGGAGGGAGUGAGAAUUUAGAAAGUUAGAAAAAUGUGAUCAAAUUUGGAUUUAGUAGUAUCUUUGAUAGUUACUAUUUCUUUUUUAAAUGUUGUUACAAUUUAUAUUUGUGCCCUAU